AUGCCAGCCAAGAAGCCGAUCCUGCCACCGGGCGUCAAGCAAAGCAACAGUGUCACCAGUGCGCCCGAACCACCGAAGGCGUCGAGCAGCAGGAGCGGUGCCAAUGCUUUGGAUGAGCUCAUAACAUCCUACUUUGAUGCGACACCACCCCGCCUGCAGCUCAUCGACGCCUUCCUCGUCUUUCUCAUGCUGAGCGGGAUCGGACAAUUCCUGUACUGUCUGCUGCUCGUGCGAUAUCCCUUCAACGCGUUCCUUGCAGGCUUCUCGAGCACCAUCGGACAGUUCGUCUUACUCGCCUCACUCCGCAGUCAGGUCAAUCCUGGAUCGAGGAGCGAGUUCUCGAAGAUAUCGCCAGAGAGAGCGUUCGCCGACUUUAUCUUUGGCAGCGUCGUCCUCCACUUCCUCGUCUUCAACUUCCUCGGCUAG